AUGGAAUCAGAACCUAUACCUGGAUCGGGUUUGCCUAAUCAAGGAGGCAAUAAUCAAUUUACAGAAUCCACGUCGGGAGUCAUUUCUCGUGCACCGGUGCACUAUAACCAAGACAACGAAGGUAAGAAAACAGAACUCAAUGCUGUUCCCCCCCAGCUUCAAUCUAAUCCUUUCCAAAACCAAAUUGCGCCUAAAGCUGCGCGGCAAUUCAAUCCUGCGCAACUCAAAGGUGUGGGACAUACAAAAAGUACUCUUGCAGACUGGGUAUCAACGCAAGCUGACGAUGACUGGGUUAUUGAAAAUGCAUACCCAGUUGAAAAGCCGCAGCGAGGUGGCAGAAAAAAACGCAAGAAGCAGCGCGAGGAGGUGGUCAUAGUGACCAGGAAUUGGGACGACAUUUACGAUCCUACGCGACCUAAUGUCUAUGAAGAUUACCGAAAAGGUGACGCCGACGAAAAGAUUAGGGAAAUCCGAGACUGGAAAAACCUUUUGCACGCUCAUAGGACGCGGCGCUCGCCCACUUCUGACAGAGACGACUACCCUAGAGACACUCGAUUUGCACCACCUCAAAUCACCACCGAGUCACUUCCACCGCCUCAGCAGUCAGAAUCAGCCCCUGCAAAUCCUGGAGAGGAUGCGUAUGCUCGCCGUGAACAAAUGAGCCAAAUCCCCAAUGCCGACCAAAGCAUGCCUGACUACCCUCCGUCAAUGAGCGCUGCACAAAAUGAUGAAGAAAUUCGCACAGAACAGCCCCGAUCCAAUCGUCCUGGACAAGAAGGAUUCGCUAAGAGAUUACUCAUGAGCCAGGGUUGGAAAGAGGGUACCGGUCUUGGUGCCACGGGCUCUGGAAUUGUAAAACCAUUGCAAGUAAAGAUUGAUAAGCGAAAGAAACGCCCCGAUUCUGAAGGCGGGGGAUUCAUGACACCUGCUGGACGGGGCACUAUCAUUGGGGGCAAAAGGAAGGCUGAAGACGAUGUCGGAAAGUUCGGCGUGAUGAGUCAGGUCAUAAUAAUUCGAGGCAUGCUUGAUGGCUUUGACCUUGAGAAAGAAUUGGAUGCCGCCAACGACGGAGGCGUUAUCCAGGAAAUUGGCGACGAGUUCAAUAAGAAGUAUGGCAAUGUGGAAAGAGUCUAUAUUGCUCGGGAUACACCGGCAGUCCCUGUGUUCGUUAAGUUUACGGGUCAGGUAUCCGCUCUUCAGGCGGUAAAUGCGCUUGAAGGAGGAUCGUUCAGAGGAAAUAACAUCAUAGCCAGAUUCUUCGACAGUGAUAAAUUUGAGCGAGGGAUCUAUGAGGAAUAA